AUGCUUCGCUCACUCGUCGCUGCUGUCGUUCUUGCGGCUACAGCUUCCGCUCACUUUGUCAUCACAUACCCACCAGACAGAGGAAACUCUUACAACACCCAAUUUCAAUUCCCAUGCGGAGGUCUCGAAUCUACCGGCAACCGCUCAUACUGGCCAACAAACGGUGGCGCAAUGGCAUUCGUCCCUCUCCACGACUUCGCCUUCACCACAAUCAACAUCGCCAUCGGAGACAAGAUCCAAGAAACCACCGAUGUUAACAGAUGGAAUCAUAUCAUGGUUCCUACGUUCAACCAAACGGGAGGAAACGGAACCUUCUGUCUUCCACUCAUCAAGAUCCCACCAUCCCUAAAGCCACUCGUCAAGGCUGGUGUCAAUGCCACCAUUCAGAUCGUUCAGCUUGUCGCUAGCGGAAGCGCUUUAUACAAUUGCGCCGACAUUACCUUCUCAGACACAGAAGCUCAACGCUUCGGUAACCCUCAAAUCUGGAACACCAUCUGCUUCAACUCCACAAACAUAGGCGCGAACCACCUUGCCAACUCAGAACGUCAAAUCAACUAUACCGAACUCGCUCUUCAAGAGUUAAACCUAAAGAUGGCCGCUGGCUCACACGUCUCCAUCGGUGCUACAACACUAUUAGCAUCGCUGGCAGUCUCGAUGGGUGUUCUACUAAGCGGACUAUUGUAG